AUGGAUUUGGAUGGCGGCUUUCACCAUGAGCGCGACGAGCAGAUCGUCCCUAAGGUUCUCUGCUGCAUGUGUGGUCUGCUGGUCGACAGCAACCCCAGCAACAUGUGCCCCAGCUGCCUCCGCUCACACGUCGACAUCACCGAGUCGCUGCAAAAGGAAUACAUCAUCGUGUACUGCCCGGAGUGCGCCCGCUACCUGCAGCCUCCGCAGUAUUGGAGCCACGCGGAACUGGAGAGCCGCGAGUUGCUCACCAUCUGCCUAAAGCGCAUUAAAGGGAUGAGUCGAAACGUAUUUAAGCUGGUGGAUGCGGGCUUUAUCUGGACGGAGCCGCACUCAAAGCGUCUCAAGGUGAAGCUCGUGCUGCAGAAGGAGGUGCUGAACAACAUUGUCAUUCAACAAGCCUGCGUCGUGGAGUACGUGGUGCUUUGGCAGCAGUGCCCAACCUGCCAAAAGGUGGCAACGGGGCAGCCGCAGUGGGAUGCGUGUGUGCAGGCACGGCAAAAGGCCACACACAAGAAGACGUUCCUCUUUAUUGAGCAACUCAUACUGAAGCAUAAACUGCAUGAGAGUUUUGUCCGCGUCGAGUCUCAACCAGAUGGUUUGGACUUCUUCUUUGCUCACAAGAGCCAUGCAAUGAACUUUUUGGAGUUUUUAAACCGUAAUAGUCCGAUAACGCGUCGUGACGCCGUGCAGCUGGUGUCGCACGACAGCAAGAAUAACACAGCUGUGCAGCAUCAUACCUUUUCGGUAGAAAUUGCCUCACUCUGCCGUGAGGACCUCCUCCUGCUUCCGUACCAAAACUACUACCUGAAACUUGGUGGGCUGGGCCCGCUGGUCAUCGUGCACAAGGUCUACAGCAGUAUUGUGUUGCUUGACCCUAAAACGUUGCGCGCGGGGGAGUUUACGGGGCAGUUCUACUGGAAGAAGCCUUUUUCCUCCAUCAUGAGCUCCCGCGAACUGACGGAGUUUUAUGUUCUGGAGUGCACCCCAACCGGUGUCACAAACGGCCGCUACCAGCUCGGGAUUGUGACCGUCUGCCUCUCCGCCGAGGUUGGCCAGGGGCGCGAGUGGAUUGUGACCUCCCACCUCGGUGGAAUGCUGCAGCCGGGCGACCUGGCGAUGGGGUACCUGCUCGAGGGCAAGAACUUCAACAACGAGGAGUGGGACAGCCAACGGUACAAGCCGGAGCAGCUGCAGGACGUGGUGCUUGUGCGGAAGCACUUUCCCGCCCAAAAGGCGCGUCGCCACAGACGGGUGUGGAAGCUCAAGCACUUGGACGUAGUGGACCCGGUCUCCGUGGGACGCAACGCCAAGCGCCAGGAGGAACUCGAGGAGGAGCGGCGCGAGUUUGAGGACGAGCUUGAGCGUGACGCGGAGUUCCGUCGCGACGUGCCCAUCUACAAGAUGUCGGAGGCGGAGUUGGCGCAGCGUGCACCUGUGAGCGGCAUCGGUGGCAGGGAGGCGGAAGACGAGGACGAAGCGGAUAAGGAAGCGCCAGAGAUCGCACUUGAGGAGAUGCUGGACGAGCUUAGGAUUGAGGACGACGCGCUGGAUGCCGCGGACGACGGCGCCGAGGACGUGGAUGCAGAGAACCCAAAGAAGAGACGACGGGCAGAGUAG